AUGGAAAAUAAGACGAUUGUCGCGUUCGACCUGUACGGUACACUCCUUUCGACAGAUUCAAUUGUGAAGCACCUCGGGCAGCAUUUCUCUAGCACGACGGCACAAUCCAUCUCUAAAUCAUGGAGACGAUAUCAACUGGAAUAUACCUGGAGACUCAACAGCAUGGGGCGAUACGACUCAUUCUCAAACAUCACUCGAAACUCCUUGCGCCAUGCCCUGGCAGAGCACGGUGAAAAGCCAGAGAAAGAUGUCAUUGACGAGAUUCUAAGGGCUUACGACAGCCUAUCCACCUUUCCAGACGUUCCGUCCGCUUUGGGCCAGCUGGCCCAUCGUCCUGAGAUCACUGCUGUCGUCUUUUCGAAUGGGACGCAAGACACGGUUACCAACUCUGUACACCACUCCCCCGACUUGUCGCCUCAUAGGGCUGUGUUCAAGGAAAUCAUCACAGUUGAUGAGGUGAGGCAGUUCAAGCCUGCUCCAGCAGUGUAUGCCCAUCUUGCCCAGACGAUAGGAAAAUUGCCCUCCUCACAGAUGGCGGACCUAUGGCUGGUCAGUGGAAACCCAUUCGACGUGAUCGGCGCUAGGAGUUGUGGUAUGCACGCCAUCUGGGUAGAUCGAGGUUGUCGGGGCUGGAUAGAUGCUGCUUUACCUGAUCUACAGCCAACGGCCGUGGUUCACGAUUUGAAUGACAUCCUCACUGUCAUCCAGUGA